CACCUCCGUCUCUCCGGAAAUAUGGCCCAAAACGACACCGCCUUCAACAGUUUCUUCUCUUCUUUGAUUCAAGACAUUAAAGCCUAUUCCGGCACCGAUCCUCUUUUCCCUUGGCUCCGAGGCAUAAAAAAAAUGAAGGAGAAACUACCUUCAAAUUUCUUGAAGGAGAAACUGCCUCGGUUUCUGCAGAAAUGCACUCAGACUUUUGAGUCCGAGCGGCGUUACAAAAACGACAUGCGCUAUCUUCGCGUUUGGUUAGAGUUGAUGGAUUAUGUGGAUGAUCCGAGAGGUCUAUUAAGAACCAUGGAGGCGAAUCGCAUUGGAACAAAACGUUCUUUAUUCUAUCAAGCAUAUGCUCUUUACUAUGAGAAGAUGAAGAAAUUUGAGGAGGCUGAGAAAAUGUACCACCUCGGAGUGCAGAACUUUGCGGAGCCUGCUGAUGAGUUGCAGAAGUCUUUUGAGCAGUUCCUUCAUCGGAUGGAGAGGCACAAGAAGAAGAGAAUCCGGGUAUUGCUUUUAAGUACGUCCAGGCAGCAAGGGAAUUCUAAAAGAGAAACUGAUGAACCUACAAUGUUUGCAGGUGAUGAUACAGUUGUAGUGAAGUUUGUUGAUAAAGCCAUUGUUGGAAAAUCUCAGACAGAAGAUGCCUGCCAUCAUGGACUGGUGGAUCCUACGAUAAACAUGAAGGAGGCCAUGAAUGCCAUUAACAACAUGUUUAGAGAGCCUUUAGAUACAGCUCCACUUGGAAGAAGAUCACGCAGAAGCCAGAAGAAAGAGGAUCAGGGUUUGGAAAAUGGUUUUACGGUGUUUGUAGAUGACAAUUUGGAUACAGGAAUUGAAUCGUUUCAGAGAAAAGAAGAAAAAGGUGUUUCACUAAUGCAGCAUGAUGGAGCUGAAAAUUUUCAGCCUCACCAAGAUCCAUUCACAAUAUUUGUUGAUGACGAAGAAAGUGAUAAGAUUGGAAUCAGAAAUGAUGACAAAGAGAACCUAGAUCUGAAUGAAAUGCAAAAUGUGACACGAGGCUCCAGUUCAUCUUCACAUGUAAGUGGUUUUGUGUUUCCAUGUCCGAAGGAUCUUCCAUCUGAAAGUUCUGAUGAACAGGAUGCAGGGGGCUCACCUCGAGUAAAGCUUCGAGAGGAUACAGUUGUUCAUAGGUUUGUUGGGUCCACCAUUUUAGAUGAGCCCGAGGUGGAAAAUGUCUGCCACCAUGGCUUAGUAGACCCAACAAUCAACUUGAAGGAGGCUAUGGCCGAUAUCGAUAACAUGUUUGGCAAGCCAAUAGAUUUUGUGAGGGCUAAGAGACCAAAGAAGCAAGAGAAACAACCUGUUAAAAACCCAGAUGCUGGCGGGUUCUUGAUACUUGCUGAUGAUGACUUGGAACCUCAACGUCAGGCCCCGCCAAAAUCAUCCAAGAAAAAAAGUGAUUGCGAUCUAUUUGAGCCAACUAUGUUUACAAAGGAGGCCAUGGAUGACAUAAAUAAGAUGUUUGGAAUGCCAUUGGACUUCUAAGAGAAAAGAUAACGCUAACUUUUGCCGAAGCAAUCGUCUCAGCCUCUGACAAAGACCAUGUUCCAUAAUGUUCACAACUCUGGCAAUACACCA